UGUAGUCUCUCCCUGAGCUCGCAGGCAUGGCGGCCUGCAGGGGCGGCGGAGCGGCGGCGAUUGGCGUGGGCCGGGUGCUGCGGGCCGCUAGGGCUCUGCUCCCUGCGCCGGCCUCGGUCGCCUGCGGGCUCCGCGUCGGACCUGGCCGGCAGCUCAGCACCGGGCCUUCGGAGCCUGGCGCAUUCCAGCCGCCGCCGAAACCGGUCAUCGUGGACAGACGCCGCCCUCCGGGCCAGGAAAGGAGAUUCUUGAGUCCUGAGUUUAUUCCUCCAAGGGGAAGAACAAAUCCUCUGAAAUUUCAAUUAGAAAGAAAAGAUAUGUUAGAAAGGAGAAAAAUACUCCAUAUUCCCGAGUUCUAUGUUGGAAGCAUACUUCGUGUUACUACAGCUGACCCAUAUGCCAGUGGAAAAAUCAGCCAGUUUUUGGGGAUUUGUAUCCAGAGAUCAGGAAAAGGACUUGGAGCUACUUUUACUCUUAGGAAUACUAUUGAAGGACAAGGUGUUGAGAUUUGCUUUGAACUUUAUAAUCCUCGAAUCCAGGAGAUCGAAGUGGUCAAAUUAGAGAAACGGCUGGAUGAUAGCUUGCUGUAUCUACGAGAUGCCCUCCCUGAAUAUAGCACUUUUGAUAUGAACAUGAAGCCCGUAGCACAGGAACCUAGCCAAGAAGUUCCUGUCAAUGAGCUAAAAGUAAAAAUGAAGCCUAAGCCCUGGUCUAAACGCUGGGAACGUCCAUAUUUUAAUAUUAAAGGAAUCAGAUUUGAUCUUUGUUUAACUGAAGAACAAAUGAAAGAAGCUCAAAAGUGGAGUCAGCCAUGGCUUGAAUUUGACAUGAUGAGGGAAUAUGACACUUCAAAAAUCGAAGCUGCAAUAUGGGAUGAAAUUGAAGCAUCAAAAAAGUCCUGACUGUAAGAACGAAUUUGGUCACUUGCAGAGGAUGUGUUGACUCUCAGGGAACUUAUUUUGAGACCAAUUUAAUUUCAUUUCUAAGAACUUAGUCAUUAAAUGAACUAAGCAUCCAUUGUUCUACCAGUAUUUAAAUAAAACAUCACCACACCAGUUUAUUCCGAAAAGAAGUAUA